CGUGGGAGAAAGAUGGACUCAGUGGAGAAGGGGGCCACUACCUCUGUCUCCAACCCGCGGGGGCGACCAUCCAGGGGCCGGCCGCCGAAGCUACAGCGCAACUCUCGCGGCGGCCAGGGCCGAGGAGUGGAGAAGCCUCCGCACCUGGCGGCCCUGAUUCUAGCCCGGGGCGGCAGCAAGGGCAUUCCCCUGAAGAACAUUAAGCACUUGGCGGGGGUCCCGCUUAUUGGCUGGGUCCUGCGUGCGGCCUUGGACUCGGGGGUCUUCCAGAGUGUGUGGGUUUCAACAGACCAUGAAGAAAUUGAGAAUGUGGCUAAACAAUUUGGUGCACAAGUUCAUCGAAGAAGUUCUGAAGUUUCAAAAGAUAGCUCUACCUCACUAGAUGCCAUCGUAGAAUUUCUUAAUUACCAUAAUGAGGUUGACAUUGUAGGAAAUAUUCAAGCAACUUCUCCGUGUUUACAUCCUACUGAUCUUCAGAAAGUUGCAGACAUGAUUCGAGAAGAAGGAUAUGAUUCUGUUUUCUCUGUUGUGAGACGUCAUCAAUUUAGAUGGAGUGAAAUUCAGAAAGGAGUCCGUGAAGUGACUGAACCUCUGAAUUUGAAUCCAGCCAAACGACCUCGUAGACAAGACUGGGACGGAGAAUUAUAUGAAAAUGGCUCAUUUUAUUUUGCUAAACGACAUUUGAUAGAGAUGGGUUACUUACAGGGUGGAAAAAUGGCAUACUAUGAAAUGCGAGCUGAGCACAGUGUGGAUAUAGAUGUGGAUAUUGACUGGCCUAUUGCAGAACAAAGAGUAUUGAGAUAUGGCUAUUUUGGCAAAGAGAAGCUUAAGGAGAUAAAACUUUUGAUUUGCAAUAUUGAUGGAUGUCUCACCAAUGGCCACAUUUAUGUAUCAGGAGACCAAAAAGAAAUAAUAUCUUAUGAUGUAAAAGAUGCUAUUGGGAUAAGUUUAUUAAAGAAAAGUGGUAUUGAGGUGAGAUUAAUCUCAGAAAGAGCCUGUUCAAAGCAGACACUAUCUGCCUUAAAACUGGAUUGCAAAAUGGAAAUCAAUGUAUCGGACAAGCUCACAAUUGUAGAUGAAUGGAGAAAAGAAAUGGGCCUGUGCUGGAAAGAAGUGGCCUAUCUUGGAAAUGAGCUGUCUGAUGAAGAGUGCUUGAAGAAAGCAGGCCUCAGUGGAGUUCCUGCCGAUGCCUGUGCCGCCGCCCAGAAGGCUGUUGGAUACAUCUGCAAAUGCAACGGUGGCCGUGGUGCCAUUAGGGAGUUUGCAGAACACAUUUUCCUAUUGAUGGAAAAAGUUAAUAACUCAUGCCAAAAAUAGAAGUUAGGGUAGUGUUGGAAGAGAAAAUACACAACCUUCUUCAGCUACUCAGUUU